GACACCAUUAAAUGCACAAUGAGGAGCUUUACCUUGAUAACAGCUUUCCUUCUCUGCAGCCUCAGCUGGAUCUCUGACUCAGUUUCUGAGUCUCAGACUGUGGAGGUCCAGCGUGGAGAAGAAGUCACUCUGCUGUGCUCCAACAUUUCCAGAACUCCAACUCAGACAGACUGGUUCAGACUGAUCAACAGAACCAAGCCCAGCUGUAUCUCCUCCAUGUUCAAGUCUGAUGGGAAUGCUUCAUUCUGUCACGGAUUUCAAAAUGGAAGAUUUGAAAUGAGCUCCAAUGUCUCCACUGUCUUUCUUAAAAUCAAAAAAGUGGAUUUAUCUGACUCUGGACUGUAUUUCUGUGGAUUUUACAUGAAGACACAUACAGUCAUUGCCAGUGCAACACAUUUAAAUGUUCCAGGUAGUGGUGACUCUGAUGAUGAAGUGGAUUUGAAGACUGAAAAAAAACCUGAUGGAAUGAGAAACCUAAUGAGUGUGAUCCUAUCUGGUCUGGCUGUUUUCCUCACUAUAGUCGUCAUUCUGGCUGUUAAAAUCAGGAAACUUCAGACAGCUGUGAAUGAAGAACCACAUCCAGAAGGCAACAAGAAUCUGGACUCUGCUGCGCUGAGGUUCCUUCCAAAGACAAUCAGAAGCAGGAGGCCUGCAUCAGAGAGAGAAGUGGAAACUCAUGUUAUUUAUGCUGCCAGCAGAUAGACUCAGGAAGCAACUGGAACUGCAACUCAUCAACUCAUAUUAUGUAGUACUGUAAACAGACCAUUAUUAUGUAAUUUUCUUAUUUUGUAUUUCUCAUGCAGAUUACCAUCUGACCAACACUUGUAUAUUUAUUACAUGAAUAUAAAGUAAUGAAACGGUCAGCUUCAGUUUUUACUGAAUUUAUUUUGACUGUUCCAAAUACAGUACUGCUUUUCAAAUUACUGCACUGUAUAAUUCAAAUACACUGUACAAUAGUAAAGUACUGUAUAUAAAAUGUAGCUUACUGUAGUUUAAAAUAUAAUUAGGUUAUAGCUUAAAACUGUAUUGUGCUGUUUACAAAUAUAGUAAUGUCAGUAGUGCAAAUAGGCACUGCAUUUGUAAAUGUGUAAUAGGCCUCAAUAUAAACUGCAGGCUAUCAGCGCUGCUCAGAGUUAAACAUAUUCAUACAAUAUUAUGACUUUUUUCCAUAUGUUGUCAUGUAUGAAAAGCCCCACAAUGAACACUGUAAGCAGACUAUUUGAUUAUUAUAAGCAAAUGAUUUAAAGAGCAUGUGUGUAGGAAUGAUUCUGUCCCAAGCUUUUUGAUUCAUAUCAGCAGCUGAUCACCGUAACUGUGAUCACUAUUAGCUGUUUCCCCUGCCUGGA